CAUUGGGUGUUGUUUCUUUAUCCUCUCAUCUCAUCUCUGGCCGACAAAUAAAACAAAAAAACACGCACCUAAUCAUAGGUUUCUCCAUCUAUUGUCUGCAGGAUGAUGCAAUUUCUCCAAAUUAUUUCGUAAUUUUGUUGUUUCUUUCUUCGGUUAGACGUUUCCCCUCCUCGGUGACUCUUCAGGGGAUGUCUUGAUUUUUUUUGGGGGAAAAAUCUUUUGAACAAAAGCUGUUUGAAUGUCCCAGUUUUUUUCUGAACAUUUAUCUUGUUCUCGUUGUCUCGGCUCUAGUUUAGAAAUGUCUCUCGGCCAAGCAAAUGUCAAUCCUCUUGAAGUUUCUUCAGGGUCGCAUGCUUGUUUAUAUGACCUUUUAUGUUCAGAGACACCAAGAGGGACUCUUCAAAAGGAUUUUCAGACAUCAACUUCUGAUCCUCGAGAUCGGUUGGAGAAGUUGUUGAAGCAACCUGGUAAUAAGUAUUGUGCUGACUGUGGAUCUCCCGAACCUAAAUGGGUAUCUUUAAGUCUUGGUGUAUUUAUCUGCAUAAAGUGUUCUGGUGUACACAGAAGCCUUGGAGUUCAUAUAUCAAAGGUUUUUUCAAUUAAGCUAGAUGAGUGGACAGAUGAGCAAGUUGAUAUGCUUGUAGGGUACGGUGGAAACAAUGCAGUGAACCAGAGAUUCGAAGCUUGCAACAUGGACCAGUUAAAGAAACCAAAACCAGAUUCUAAUAAUGAGGAACGCAGUGAUUUCAUCAGGAAGAAAUAUGAGCUGCACCAGUUUAUGGAUCCACAAGAUGGUGCUUUGUGCACUUAUGAGCAGCCUACCAUAAUAAAUAAUUCACUACCGUCUUUAUGUUCUGCUAGUGCUAGCCACCGGUCUGCAAAAAACCGUAUUGGUCAAGCAUUUAGGAAUAGCUGGGGAAGAAGAGAAUCUGAUCACAAAUGCCCCAAGAAGAGCAAUUCUAUGGCAGGUAUGGUUGAGUUUGUCGGAUUGAUUAGGGUUAAUGUGGUUAAAGGAACAAAUCUUGCGGUUCGAGAUGUGAUGACCAGCGAUCCUUAUGUUAUCCUUUCUCUUGGCCAACAAUCGGUGAAAACAAGAGUGAUAAAGAACAACUUGAAUCCUGUGUGGAAUGAGACCUUGAUGCUUUCCAUACCAGAGCAGAUGCCUCCUCUCAAAGUGCUAGUGUACGACAAGGAUACGUUCACGACAGAUGAUUUCAUGGGGGAGGCAGAGAUAGACAUACAACCGUUGGUGAGUGCAGCAAAAGCUUACGAGACAUCGAGCAUAAAAGAGCCGAUGCAGCUGGGGAGUUGGGUGGCGAGCAAAGAGAACACAUUGGUGAGUGAUGGCAUAAUCUCACAAGAAGAAGGGAAAGUGAAACAAGAUAUAUCACUCAGGCUUCAAAAGGUGGAGAGAGGUGUUCUUGAGAUACAACUUGAAUGUCUUCCUCUCACUCAAUGAUUGAUAACACUCUUUUGUCUCCCUCUUUUAUGUUGUUCUUUUAUUAGAGAUGCUACUUUCUUCUUGAUCCACCUCAAACCCUAUGUAAAAAAAGCCAUAACUUGAUUGAUGAUUCUUCAGAACCAAAAUUCCAAAUAUUAUGAAAAACAAUCAAGAGUUUCAAUCCGAUUUUCCUUCAAUA